AGCUGAUUGCACUUUGUUUCCAGUGGGUCAAAGUGAAAACACUGGGUUACUUCUGCAUAACAGAGUAAAGCUAUGGAGACAAUAUACAGUGUGCUUGGACUGGAGUGGAUUGACGGCAGGAGCAUUUUACUAUUUCUGUGUGUUUUCCUGCUGCUGACUGAUUUUUUGAAGAACAGAGUGCCAAAAAACUUUCCUCCUGGACCAUGGGCUCUUGCUUUCAUUGGUGAUCUUUGGCGUAUUCAACCUGCCAGGCUUCACUUGCAAUUCGUAGAGUUUGCAGGGAAGUAUGGAAACGUUUUCAGCCUGCGACUGUUUGGUGGAAGAAUUGUGGUCGUGAAUGGCUACAAGUCUGUGAAAGAGGCCUUGGUACAAAAAGGAGAAGACUUAAUUGAUCGUCCUGUAAUACCCAUAUUUGAACUAACAGAAAACAAAGGUCUUGUGAUGUCAAAUGGUUAUCUGUGGAAGCAACAGAGGAGAUUUGCUCUUCACACUCUCAGAAACUUUGGUCUGGGCAAGAAGACCCUGGACUUAUCCAUCCAGCAGGAGUGCCAGUAUCUCAUAGAGGCUUUUGCAGAUAAGCAAGGAAAGCCCUUUAAUACCCAGUCACUGAUAAACAACGCUGUGUCCAACAUCAUCUGCUGUUUGGUGUUUGGGAAUCGAUUCGACUACACUGACAAGGAGUUUCAGUCUAUUCUCCAGAAAUUCAACAAGAUUAUGCAUUUACAGGGAACUUUGUCAGUACAGAUGUACAACACAAUUCCCUGGCUGAUGAAGUGGAUUCCUGGAUCUCACAAGGAAAUAUUAUUUCUGGUUCAACAGUUAAUUGAGUUUGUAAAGGUCAAGAUCAAUGAACACAAAGAAAAUAUUGACCCUUCAUCACCAAGAGAUUACAUUGAUGCCUUUCUCAUAGAAAUGGGAGAGAAAGAGAACAAAGAAUCUGGUUUUGAUUUAGAAAAUCUGUGCUUUUGCACUCUGGAUCUUUUUGGUGCUGGAACUGAAACUACUACCACUACUUUACGCUGGGGGCUGCUUUACAUGAUCUACUACCCUGACAUACAAGAGAGAGUCCAGGCUGAGAUAGAUGCUGUGGUUGGUUCAUCCAGACAGCCCUCUAUGAGUGACAGAGAAAAAAUGCCCUAUACUGAUGCUGUCAUUCAUGAGAUUCAGAGAAUGGCCAACAUCAUCCCCCUCAAUUUGGCUCACAUGACAAGCAAAGACACCACACUGAAUAACUAUGCAGUCCCAAAGGGUACCAUAAUCAUAACUUUACUGCACUCGGUCCUGUGUGAUGAAUCGAUGUGGGAAACUCCACACACCUUCAACCCCCAACAUUUUCUGGACCAGGAUGGUAAAUUCAAGAAGAGAGAAGCCUUUAUGCCUUUUGCUGCAGGUAAGCGUGUGUGUCUUGGGGAACAGCUGGCCAGGAUGGAGUUAUUCCUGUUCUUUACCUCCCUCCUCCAGAGAUUUUCAUUCACUGCACCUGCUGGAGAGCAGCCCAGUCUGGAGUUCAAGUUGGGAAUAGCUCGGGCCCCCAAACCUUAUCGCCUCUGUGCUGUACCACGAUAAAGCAAUAAAUAGCACAUAAAACGCCAUGUUUCUUUGCAUGUAUCUUUAUCCAUCUAAAAAUUGAGGGUAUAGUUUUUUUCAGGCAGUGUGGCUUUAUUAAAGCAAUCUAAAAUAUUCAGCUGUGCAAAACUAAAUAAAACAAACUCCUUAAAAGAAAUCACUGGUAUGCAAUUUCCUGCAGUCGCUUCCUCUGCACAUUGUCUUUGUAGUUAAAACGCGACGUGCUUGAAUAAAUUGCAUGCUUCUCAUUCAGACCGCUAUUUGUUAAAUUUCACACUGUGGUUUUAUUCUGAGGUUUGGAAGGUGGAAAAAAACUCAAUAAUAAACAGUUCAACGUGUCGCUCUUUACUGUCACUCUCUGUCAAUUAAAA